AUGGGGAUAUUGGCCAUCUCGAUCGGCUCUGGUAGGGAGGCGACCAGAGCCCUCUCCGACAGCAAUGGAAGCGCAGGCGAGCUUGUCGAGGUGUGGGCGGAGGUGGAGGUGGCCGGAAGCAACGAACAACAAUUCCGGCCCAACUGGAGGAGGAGGCCGGGCAGCUGGGCCUCGCGCAGUGGUCAACAGGAGAAGGAGGACUCGGCGCUUGUCGUCAUCCUCGCGUGCUCGCAUGAAGAAGCAGGGAAACGGCGCGAUGCAGAGGACGGCGAGGGAACUUGGGGCUCCGGGAAGACGACGGUGGGACGUCAGAAGCAGCAGAAGAGGUCGGGGAUGAGUAAUCCAUGGCGGAGGCGGCGAGAUCCGGCGGAUCUGGGCGGCGACGAGGCCAGUCUCUGGCGAAGCAGAGGCGUGGGGACAAGGAGGGCAUCGGCUUCAGCCGAAGCAGGGCGCGACGAUGGCUAUGACUGCUCGCCAAAGGAAGGGCGCGGGACUUGGCGCUAG